AUGAUCAACACGUCCGACUACCUUGAGGCGACGACACCUAAGCCUGCAGACGUGAUAGAAGGGCACACCAUCGAUGGUUUAGCCGGGGACACUGCGAUCCUCCCUCCCAAGCACAAACCGCACGGCGUCUGGUUGCUUGGUCAUUGUGUUGUCGGGUUGCUUAUGGUGUUGGUCAUGCUCACCCCCAUGGGCUACAACCUCCCUGUGUACCCCAUUGAGUUUUCGACCCCCAUCUCGGUGUGGUGGGGCGUCAACCCGAAAGUGAAGAACAGCGGCAACCCGGAAAUGGUCGUCCCAACUUACUUUUUCCUCGGUUCGGUGUUGCCUGUCGUAGUCGGGGCAGUGUUGAUGGCGUACAUGCGCGCUAAGGCCAGCGUGUUCAUUUCUCCGUUUUCCACCCUUCUCCACCGCAAACCACGAUUGUUCAAACACAAGGUCAGCUAUGGCGAGCUCCUGUUCUUGAUGGUCAUGUUUGUUGGGAACGCGAUUGUGUUUUCGUACCAGUACAAAAAACGCUUCAAGCCAUCGGGCACGACAAACGAUCGAAUCAAGGCCAUUGCGACGUCCCUGGGGUUCUCUGGCUUGUACAACUUGAUCUUUCUCUCUCUACCGGCAAGUCGCCAUUCGCUGUGGAUGGAAUGGCUAAACAUUCCGUUUGCCAACGGCGUCAAGUACCAUCGGUGGCUUGGGGUUGCCUCGAUCGUGUCGUUCGUGGUCCACACGAUCGUAUUCGUGGUAUACUACGUUCGCACCAAGACGUUGAGCAAGAUGCUUCCGUGCUUUGACUGUGACGUUGCCGUGGAUGGCAAGAUGAACUGGGAGAACCUAUUUGGUGAACUCUCGCUAUUGUGUAUGCUUGUCAUGGGAGCGACGUCGCUGCCGUACGUACGCCGCCACUACUACUCGGUCUUUUACGCCACGCACUUCCUCUUCAUCCCUGCCUCCCUCUUCGCUGUCCUUCACUGGGGCAAUAUCAUCUACUUCCUCUUUACGUCGAUGGUGCUGUACAUGGUCAACCGUCUGCUGUCCACGUCGUCGAUCACGACCCCCGUCGCCAUCAAGCGCGCCGUGCCAGUGUCGUCGGACGUUGUCGAAAUCUCGUUCGAAUGUACCACGGGCUACAACCCCGGUGACGCCGUGUGGAUCAAAGUGCCCGCGCUUUCCAAGACGCAAUGGCACCCUUUCAGCCUGUACGUCACUCAAGAAGAUGCGACAGAAUUCGACUUUUACGAUGACAAGAACGGCAACCAAACCAAAAAGUUUUCCGGGCAGGAGGAUAGCCUUCCUCGCUCCUUCGACAUCCAUCAAGUCCACAUGGAGCCAAAACCGUACACCCACGCAAACACGCUCAAGCGUGUCUUGAUUCUGGUGCUCUGCUUUGCCUUUAGCUGCGCCCUUGUUGCCGUAGCCACCCAUGGCUAUGUCCUCGCAACGUUUUCCUCGGCCCGGUGGAUUGUUCUUCGUACAGUUCAGUUUUUCGCGGUCGUUGUCGGGUGCUACCUCGCGUACUUUGUCGUGCGACUCCCGAAAACCCCCAUCGGCGUUGCAAUUGCUGACGAUGGCGGACGCCAUGCCGAGAAAGCGAUGCGUGCCGAUGACGUGACCGAGCAUUUCCAAGUACAGACGGGUCGCGCAGACUUGGCUCAGACCUUCCAAACCAUUCAAGCACAUGCUGCCGGCUCAUUCGCCGUGUACGUAUGCGGCCCCAAGAGUUUGGUGCGCGCCGUGGAUAAACUCGGUCAUGGCAAAUUUCCAGUGCAUCACGAAGAUUUUGAAAUGUAG